AAAACCUCACACUAGACAAAAGGGUGGGGAAUUGUGUGUGUUGUAGAAUCAGGCUGUAACAACCCCUCCAAUACUCUGGCUUCAUCAUUGAUUCGAUUGUCCAACUGCUGUGUUUCGUUGACAUUUCUUGUGGAAAGAAAAAAACAAGUGAAAAACCCUAAAUAGUGUGGCUUCAAGUUUUGGUCUUUUCCACAAUUAAUAAAAAUUCCCAAUUUCUUAAAAUACUACUUUCUCUUCCCCAGAAAGCAAAACCCUCAUUCUCAUUUCUUUAACUUGUAAGUAUUUCAUUUGGUGAACAAAAAUAUAAAAAUUUUAUUUCUAAGUAUUUUAUUCAUUUCCCUUCUUCUUCCUCAACUCAUACAUAUUCAUUGAAUUCUUCUACUUCUUCUUUCUUCUAGAAAACAAAACAAAAAAAAAAAAAACAAAACCCAAUUGUAUUUGCUUCUUCAUUCCUUCAAUUGUAAUUUAUUCCCCUCUUUUCCCUCCAAAAUUUCCUUUUUUAGGAAUUUUUCUUGAAAUUUGGUAUUACAUAUUUGAGCUUAUUUUACUUGUUUCUUCAUGUUUACUCUGCUCAAGCUUUAGCUUUGUUGUUGUUAUUAUCAAUAUCCUGCUAUUGUUGGCAAUUUUGGGUCUGAACUUUUUGUGGGUUUUUUUCUUCAUUUCAAAUAGAAAAGACUUGAACUUUUUUGAGGCAUAUAAUAUUUGCUUGAUUCUGGGAUUUGGGUAUUGGUUAAAAUCUUAAUUAGAGCUCAUUAAGCUCUUAUUUUGAUUAUUGGGUAGUGCUUCAGCUGUUGUAUAUUUGUAUUAGAGAUGGGGAAGCCAGCUGGUAAGAAGAAACCUGAAACUCCUAAACAAGGAAGUGAAACAAAGCAUAACAAAGCUUUAGAUAGAAGUUCUAAAGCCUUUGAUGAAGAUACAGCAAUCUUCAUUAAUAUGUCACAGGAAUUUAAGGAUGAGGGUAACAAGUUAUUUCAGAAGCAUGAUUAUGAAGGGGCUAUGUUAAAGUUUGAAAAGGCUCUCUAUUUGCUUCCUAAUAAUCAUAUAGAUAUUGCCAAUUUAAGGACAAACAUGGCUGGUUGCUAUAUGCAAUUGGGAUUAGGCGAAUAUCCGAGAGCGAUUAAUGAGUGUAAUUUGGCAUUAGAAGUUGCCCCUAAGUAUAGCAAAGCUUUGUUGAAGAGGGCUAAGUGUUUUGAGGCUUUGAAUAGGCUGGAUUUAGCUUGGAGGGAUGUGAGUAUUGUGUUGAAUAUGGAACCUAAUAACCAGACUGCGUUGGAGCUUGGUGAUGGCCUGAGGUUGACCAUGGAAGAGAAGGGUAUUAAGGUGGAUGAAAAUGAGAUUGCUAUGGCCAUUGAAAGUGCUCUUUCACCAAGCAGUACACCUUCUCGUAAAAUUGCUAAAGAGAAGAAGGUAGCGAAAGAGAAGUCGUCGAAGAAGAAGAGGAGGAGUAUGAGAGUUGAGGAUGUUAAAGGUGAAGUUGAGGUGAAGAAGGUGGAGGCUGAGCCUAAAGCUGAACAAGUUGAGGAGAAAGUGGUGGAACCUAAAUCAAUAGGUGAAAAAGCUAAGGAGAAGAAGGUGCAGGCUAAGUCAAUAGGUGGACAAGUUAAGGAGAAGAAGGUGCAGGUUAAGUCUAAAGAUGACCAGGUUGAGGAGGAUGUUCCCAAAACUGAGGAUAAGGAGGUUGUUCAAGAAAAGGUUAGGGUUAUUGAACCGAAAGCGGUUUCAAGGUCUGUGAAGCUAGUUUUUGGUGAUGAUAUAAGAUACGCACAGUUACCUGUCAAUUGUAGUGUGCUGUUAAUGAAGGAUGUUAUGCGAGAUCGAUUUCCGAAUUUGGAAGGUAUCCUUGUGAAAUACAGGGAUCAAGAAGGUGAUUUGGUCACGAUUACGACUACAGAUGAAUUGAGGAAAGCUGAAGGGUCUGGUGAUCCACAUGGCUCUCUCAGGCUAUACAUUUCUGAAGUUAGCCCUGACCAAGAACCUGCUUAUGAUGGUGGUUAUAUUGAUACUGGGAAAGUUUCUGAGGUUAAGAGGAACCUUUAUGAUGACAUAAAGAAUGAAGAACUAGAAAGUGGUGAUAUCAAGGAUAAGGAUUCAACUAGUAUUGACAGUUGGAUCAUCCAAUUUGCUCAGAUCUUUAAAAACCAUGUUGGGUUUGAUUCAGAUUCAUACUUGGACCUCCAUGAGGUUGGAAUGAAACUAUAUUCAGAGGCAAUAGAAGACACUAUUGCAAGUGAAGAAGCACAAGAUCUCUUUGACAUUGCUUCUGAUAAGUUUCAAGAAAUGGCGGCUUUGGCCUUGUUCAAUAUGGGCAAUGUUCAUAUGUCCAAGGCGAGGAAGCAGCUGCCGUGUUCAGAGGACACUUCUGGUGAUUCGAUGCUUUUACAGAUUAAACUAGCCUAUGAAUGGGCAAAGAAGGAGUAUAUGAGGGCAGGAUCGCGAUAUGAAGAAGCCCUUAAAAUAAAACCCGACUUCUAUGAAAGUCACCUUGCUCUUGGGCAGCAGCAGUUUGAACAAGCUAAGCUUUGCUGGCAUUAUGCACAAAAGGACAAGGUUGAUGUAGAAUCCGGUGUUAUUCAGGAAAUUCUUCUGCUUUAUAAUAAAGCCGAAGACAGCAUGGAAGCAGGCAUGCAGAUAUGGGAGGAAAUGGAGGAACGGCGUUUGAAUGGUUUUUCCAAGGAAGAGAAGUAUAAGGCUAAGCUGCAGAAACUGGGAUUGGAUGGUUUGCUUAGAGAUUUAUCAGCUGAUGAAGCUACAGAACAGGCUUCAAUUUUGAGGUCACAAAUAUACAUCUUAUGGGGUACAUUGCUGUAUGAACGCUCAGUUGUUGAGUUCAAGUUGGGCUUGCCAUCUUGGGAAGAAUGUUUAGAAGUUGCAGUUGAGAAGUUUGAACUUGCCGGUGCUUCACAUACCGAUAUAACUGUUAUGAUAAAGAACCAUUACUCGAAUCAAGCUGCACCAGCAGGUUUGGGGUUCAAAAUUGAUGAAAUUGUUCAGGCAUGGCAUGAGAUGUAUGAUGCAAAACGGUGGCAGAUCGGAGUCCCAUCUUUGAGGUUGGAGCCAUUGUUUCGUCGCAGAGUUCCUAGACUUCAUCACGUCUUGGAGCAUCUUUGAGCGGAUUGGUGAUGAUUUGCAAUGUUUAUACAUGUUGAAACAAAGUCAGCAUUGCAUCUCAUUGCUGAGUGCUGUUGCUUAGUAUAGUAGGUUUUUAUUCUUAAGGAUCAGGACGAUAUUGUUGACGUCCAUGACCUUUUGAGAUUUAUGAGUAUACAAGCGUCAGCCAUAAGCAUUGGUGUUGUAACUCAAGUGUGUGAUUCGGGCUGCGGUGCCAGCUCAUUUUUAUUAGUUCAAAAGCUUGCUAUUUCUCUACAGUAUCACAGAAGAAGCACAACUUUUUUUGUGUGCUUUAUAGAUGGUUUAUUGUCAUAGUUUGCAUAUUCGAGUCAAUGAUUGAAAUUUGUAAAGUCGUUUAUGGAAGAUUUGCAUAUAGAUUUUUGGCAGUUGUUUUGGUGAUAUUCUUUGUUAUUCAUUGUAAGAUUGCUUGGUUUACAUAGCAAUCAUAAUAGAUUUAUCAAUUGUAGUGCUAUAAUGUAUCAGUGAAGGUUCCAGUUGGUAAGGACCCAAUUUUCACUUCAAUGUGAUCUGUUAAAUAUAUUGAUGCUAUAUAUUCUGUUUA